CACGUGGAGAACACGAAUUCUCCAACUGUCUAGUGGCUCACAUUGAUUUGGAUACCAAUCCCACAAAUAAAAAAACAUAUCUUAAAUCCGCCAUCGCUAGCCGUGCGUUUAGAUUCUCGGCGCUCCACUUUCACUCUUUUUCGGUUUCUCUUUUGAAUUCUGAGGCAAAAUGUCAAUCAGUCCCUCGCUCUCUCGCCUUAGCUCUCCAUUUCUUUGCAGCCCGCUCAAACUCUCGACUCCGUCUUUGUCCUUCAAAUGUGGAAGGAAUCAACGGUCGCCGGCCUCUUAUCCAUGCAUCAGAGCCGUUGAAUUUGAUCAGAACACGGUAGUAGCAGUGACGGUCGGACUUGUCAGCGUUGCGGUUGGGAUCGGCAUUCCAAUCUUCUACGAAACCCAGAUUGAUAAUGCUGCUACUAGAGAAAAUACCCAACCAUGCUUCCCUUGCAAUGGCACCGGUGCCCAGAGGUGUAGAUUUUGCGUGGGAAGUGGCACGAUCACUGUAGAGCUUGGCGGGGAUGAAAAAGAGGCGUCCAAAUGCGUCAACUGCGAAGGAGUUGGUUCUUUAACAUGCACUACUUGCCAAGGUAGUGGGAUUCAGCCUCGGUAUCUUGAUCGCAGGGAAUUUAAAGAUGAUGACUGAAGUGCGAGGGAAAAGAAUUUGGACUUGCCUCGUGGGGAUUGUUGAUAAACAUAAACCCGGUGAUUUUGAAGGACAUUGUGAAACCAUUGGUUCUUUUUGUAUUUACCCUACAUUUGUUUUCUCCCAUCUAUUUCGUGUCAAAUUGUCUACUUGCUG